AUGAUGCGUCUGGAGUGGUAUGCCGGGGCCUCGACGGUCCUGGCUACCGGCGUUGUGCUGUCCGCCUUCCACCAACGAGCCAACUUUUACUCAGCCAUGGUCUAUCUUUUUCAGAGCAAUCUGUGCAUGAUGAUCCUUGUCAACCUCAUCGCCCUCAUCUACUCGACGUUUGUCUACAGCCUCCAGCGUGUCUGCUUCGGCCAGCUCCGCGCCGUCGAGGUCGAGCAGCUCUACGAAAAAGCCUGGUUCGCCGUCACCGAAACAUGUUUGGCCAUGACCAUGUUCCGCGACGAAAUUGGCGGCUUCUUUAUCGUCAUGUUUGUCGCCCUGUUGACGGGCAAGGUCUGGGGCUGGAUUGGCGAAGGCCGCAUCGAAGCUCUCGAGCAGCAGCCGCCCACCAACCCGCGUUUGUUCCACACUCGCCUCAUCGUCUCGCUCUGUUUGAGCUUGGUGUACGAUGCCUGGCUGCUGUACUAUGCCGUGUCGACUGUGAUUGACCAGGCCAAGUCCGACAUGAUGGUGAUGUUCCUCUUCGAGUUUGCCGUCUUGCUCGUCACGUCACUACACACUGCGCUGCGAUACGGCAUCAUCCUGCUGGACAUAAGCAUCAUCAAACGCCAGACGCAGGAGCGGUUGGUCGAGCGGCGCCGUGAGAUUCGAGAAGAGCGGGCGGCAAUUAUCCGCCGGCGUGAAGAGGCAGCCGCAGCAGCCGAAGCGGCAGCGGCCACGGGACAAGAAGGCGGCGAAGGGGCUGUGGCGGCACUGGAGACCGAGGAAGACAAUGAGCAGUUGCCAGACGAAGAUGAUGUGGACGAGAUGGACAUUGAAGUGGCGGGCUGGGAGGCCAAGGGCCAGUACAUUCUUGGCCUCGACCUUUGGACAGGUAAGAGGCGAUCGCCCCCAGCUAUUAGGAAAGACAUGAGACCACACACUAACACCAACCCUCCAGAUUUUACCAAACUCUGCAUUUAUGCCGUCUUCUUUAUUGUUCUUCUGAACUUUAUUGGCCUGCCCCUGCACAUCAUUAGGGAUCUGUUCAUGACGGUACGGUCCUUUAUCAAGCGGCUGGGUGCAUUGAUGAAGUACCGCCAGGCGAUCAAGGAUAUGAACCGGUAUGAGGAUGCGUCCGAACAGGACCUGGACCGCGAAAACACGUGCAUAAUUUGCCGCGAAGACAUGCACGUGUGGAACCAAAACGACCCAGCGCGCAUUGAGCGCACCCGCCCCAAGAAGCUUCCCUGUGGCCAUAUCCUGCACCUGGGCUGUCUCAAGAGCUGGAUGGAGCGACAACAGGUGUGCCCUACGUGUCGUCGGUCUGUGGUCAUUGACGACGCGUCCAACGCACACCGGAAUCGCGAUAAUGCCCUGUUCAGGUUGAACCUUGUAGCUGCUGGGGCAGCGGGUGCUGAUCCCGCCGGUGCUGGAGUAGGUGCAGCUGCAGGUGCAGGUGGUGUCGCGGGUGCACCGCCUGCAGCUAACGGAGCCAACCCGUUGCAAAACCCGGCACUACCCGCCGUCAAUGGCCAAGCACCUGCUCCCGGAGCGGCAGCGGGUGCCCCGGGCCACGGUGCCGAUGUGAACCACCACAAUCCCCACCCGCCGCCGCCUCCAAACGGUGGCGGUGGUCCGGCCCUGCGAAUGUUCAACAUCGGACCGCUGCGUCUCGGAUUUGCCCAAGGUGGCGCGCGCGACAUCCAGGAGAUGGCACAACGGCUCGGUCUUCCUAAUGCCAUCGCCGGCGGCAACCCUCCUGUCAACAAUCAAGCGGCACCGGCCGGCGUUGCUGGUGGCCCACCUGCUUUCGGUGCUGCCCCGACUCCAUUCGCGCACCACGUCCCGCAUGCUACACCAUCCUCGACAAUGUCCCAGUCUACCUCGACUGCGUCCAUUUUCCAGGACCUCCGGUCCAUUGAGCGGCGUAUCGAACUUGGCACGAUUGAGCUCCAGCUGGCAAGUGCUGAAGCCCGGGCCCUGCGGACCAUGCUCACCGAGCUGCAACGCAUUCGCAACACGCAGCAUAUCCCAACGACGGCACCCGAACCAACACCAACCGUACCCCUCAACCCGACUGGUCCCGCAGAUCCAACAGCCGUAGCAGCUACGGAGACUGUAGCACAAUCCACAGGGGCGGCACCGGAUGUGAGUACGACGAAUGCGACGGAACGGGCGCCUGCCCAGGCUCCCCAAGAGGACGCGCCUGCAACAUUAGGCAGCAGCGCCGCGCCGGAUGCACCCGAUGUAUCCAGCUCAGCCGAACAAGAGCGGGCUGCGCUGAAUCAGGCGGAAUCGUUUUUCCGUCAGUGGCCAGGCAUGACCACGACACUGGACAAUGGUUCGAACAGUGGCCCUGAUCAGGGCGCGGCUGUCGGCGCAGGAGAGCUUGGCGACGAGUUCGGGAGUGCCCCGCCUGUCAGAGGAAACUCGGAGUUGCUUCCUGGUGUACAACUUCCACCGGGCUGGUCGCUGGUGCCUCUUGAUCAGUACGAUCCCAGCCGCCGCACAGCCACCGAUAACGACAGUAACAGCCAACCGGGACCGUCAAACAAUCGCGUGACCUCCCAGCCGAACCCGUCCCGUGAUUCUUUGCCUGCGGAUAGCCGCGAAGCAAGACUUGAUGCGCCUGCAUCUCCACUGGCAUCGCCGGUCGAAGCGGUCCCUGAGAGUAAUGCACCGGCAGCUACGUCGGCGGCUCCUAUGUGGGGCGGAUCGGCACAACUAUACGGUAGUUCCAGCCAAACUACUCCUCGGCCGACACGGACACAACAGCAGCAGCCGCAGCAAAACGACGAUGAGAGCUCCAGCGAAAGUUCCGAAGGCUCGAGUGAAGACUCGAGCAACGAUUCUUAG